GCGGGUGCCUGCCAGUGCAGGGUGACCCUGAGGGUGUGCCCGGUGUGGGUGUGUCUCUGAUUGUGGCCAGGCGGGGCACCCUUGGUGGAGAGGAAAACGAUCCCGGGGCAGAGUCCAGGGCUGCCAAAGGCUCCUCCACACGCCUGCUGAACCCUGAGCGCCCUGUGCUGCCGGCAUGGGGCGGGCUGAGGCCGCCGCCAUGAUCCCAGGUCUGGCCCUUCUCUGGGUAGCAGGGCUGGGGGAUGCUGCCCCUAACCUUCCCCGCCUUCGGCUCUCCUUUCAAGAACUGCAGGCCCAGCACAGCAUCCGAACCUUCAGGCUGGAGCGGACCUGCUGUUAUGAAGCCUUGCUGGUGGAUGAGGAGCGGGGGCGCCUGUUUGUGGGUGCUGAGAACCACGUGGCUUCCCUCAGCCUGGACAACAUCAGCAAGCGAGCCAAGAAGCUGGCCUGGCCCGCCCCUGUGGAAUGGCGUGAAGAAUGCAACUGGGCAGGGAAGGACAUUGGUACGGAGUGCAUGAACUUCGUGAAGCUGCUGCAUGCCUACAACCACACCCACCUGCUGGCCUGCGGCACAGGGGCCUUCCACCCCACCUGUGCAUUUGUGGAGGUGGGCCACCGGCUAGAGGAACCCAUGCUCCACCUGGACCUGAGGAAGCUGGAGGAUGGCAAGGGAAAGAGUCCAUAUGACCCAAGGCACCGGGCUGCCUCGGUGCUGGUGGGGGAAGAGCUGUAUUCCGGGGUGGCGGCGGACCUUAUGGGCCGGGACUUUACCAUCUUUCGAAGCUUGGGUCAGAAUCCGAGUCUCCGAACAGAGCCCCAUGAUUCCCGCUGGCUCAAUGAACCCAAGUUUGUCAAGGUCUUUUGGAUCCCAGAGAGCGAGAACCCUGAUGACGAUAAAAUCUAUUUCUUCUUCCGUGAGUCCGCAGUGGAAGCGGCACCAGCAAUGGGGCGCAUGACUGUGUCUCGUGUUGGUCAGAUCUGCCGGAAUGACCUGGGUGGCCAGCGGAGCUUGGUCAACAAAUGGACCACAUUUCUGAAGGCGCGGCUUGUAUGCUCAGUACCUGGAGUUGAGGGUGACACCCACUUUGACCAACUUCAGGAUGUUUUCCUUUUGUCCUCCCGAGACCGCCAGACACCUCUUCUCUAUGCUGUCUUCUCCACCUCCAGUGGCAUCUUCCAGGGCUCUGCUGUGUGCGUGUACAGCAUGAACGACGUGCGCCGAGCCUUCUUGGGACCUUUUGCUCACAAAGAGGGGCCUACACAUCAGUGGGUGUCCUACCAGGGUCGGGUACCCUACCCAAGACCUGGCAUGUGCCCCAGCAAGACCUUUGGCACCUUCAGCUCCACCAAGGACUUCCCAGAUGAUGUUAUCCAGUUUGCUCGGAACCACCCCCUCAUGUACAACUCAGUCCUGCCCAUGGGGGGGCGCCCUCUCUUCCUACAAGUGGGAGCUGGGUACACCUUCACCCAGAUCGCUGCAGACCGGGUAGCAGCGGCCGAUGGACACUACGAUGUGCUCUUCAUCGGCACAGAUGUGGGCACGGUGCUGAAAGUCAUCUCAGUCCCCAAGGGCAGCCGACCUAACUCGGAAGGACUUCUCCUGGAAGAGCUGCAGGUGUUUGAGGACUCUGCUGCUAUCACCAGCAUGCAAAUCUCCUCGAAAAGGCACCAGCUCUACAUAGCAUCACCCAGCGCAGUGGCCCAGAUUGCUUUGCAUCGCUGCCCUGCCCUAGGCCGCGCCUGCGCAGAAUGCUGCUUGGCCCGUGACCCUUACUGCGCCUGGGAUGGAUCAGCCUGCACACGCUUCCAGCCUACUGCCAAGAGGCGGUUCCGGAGGCAAGACAUAAGGAAUGGCAACCCCAGCACCCUGUGCUCUGGGGACCCCUCUCACUCUGUGCUGCUGGAGAGGAAGGUCUUAGGUGUGGAGAGGGGCAGCGCGUUUCUGGAGUGUGAGCCCCGCUCGCUCCAGGCGCAUGUGGAAUGGACCUUCCAUCGUGCAGGGGAGGCAGCUCACACCCAGGUGCUGGCUGAGGAGCGGGUAGAGCGCACUGCACGGGGGCUGCUGUUGCGGGGGCUGCGGCGCCAGGACUCUGGCGUGUAUCUGUGCGUCGCGGUUGAACAAGGCUUUUCACAACCACUUCGUCGCCUGGUGCUGCACGUGCUGAGUGCGGCACAGGCUGAACGACUGGCGAGGGCAGAGGAGGCAGCAGUUCCCGCACCACCAGGUCCUAAACUCUGGUACCGGGACUUCCUGCAGCUGGUGGAGCCAGGCGGUGGUGGAGGUGCAAACUCCCUGCGAAUGUGCCGCCCGCAGCCCGGGCCCCACUCUGUGGCAGCAGAUUCACGUCGUAAGGGUCGCAACAGGCGGAUGCAUGUCUCUGAGCUGCGUGCUGAACGUGGACCACGUAGCGCAGCUCACUGGUGACUCGGCUGUCCCCAUACUGGGGACCAGGCUGGAUAUGACACACCGAAGAGGGGGCAGAUAGAUGCCAGGAAGACAGAUGAGUUGUGGCUGGGGCACACUGAGGUCCUUGGGCCGACGGAGACAACUAACCCAUACAUGAACCCUGGCCCAAGUGUAGCUUAUUUAUUAACAAGAUAACCCGUGAAUGUAGCCCUGGAAGAGUGGCCCAAGCUCAAUUCAGGAUCUAACCUGGAGGGAGGGGACAAGAAGUGGGGCUCCAGAGUGGAGCGGGACCAGAGAGAUGUCUUGGGUGGCAGCCCUGGGGAAAUCGUGCUCUUUCUCGGGCAUCGAGGAGAAAGCUGUGAACAGAUAGGCUGUCCGGUGUGGGGUGAGGCAGGCCAACUGUACUAAAGUAAUACAAUAAACACAUUAUCAGCUGAUGUUGGAAUGGCCCCAGCAGAUAGCAGCUAGUCCUAGACCUUGCUGGGGGUCUCGGACAUUGUCCUAGCGGUCUCAAGGCCUGUACUUUUCCCAUCCAAGAAGGCUGUAGUGGAGAUUAAAAGUGUUAGUAGAUGAUUACACUGUUCUAAUGAGCCUCUGGGGCUCAGUGCAUUAGCAGCAGGGCCAAGUUCUCUGAAGUAAAAACAAACAAACAAACAAUACUGGAUGUUGUGGGCAAGAAUGUAUUAAGAAUUCACUGAGUGGGUGACGUUUGAGCUGAAAGGAGCCAGUCACAGAUGUCCAGUGACAGAACAUUCCAGACUAGAAGAACCAAAGUCUUGGAGCUGGGGACAAACCCUCUCUGAGGAACACCAAAGAGGCUGAUAUGAUGGUAUCACACUAUGGAUUCCGAAUGGUUUGGAAGGUAGACCUGCCACGGUCUUGCUUUGCACAGUUGUGAAGAAGCAGAACAGAGUUCACUCACAGACUAAGGCUGCAAGCUGGACCAGCACCCUUCAAGAGUGAGCAACAGGCCUCCACAUGGCCUUAUGGAGAGGAGACAAGAGCCAAGACCGUUACGUCUAACUCUUAAGCCAUUCCUCUGCAUUUGUAUUCUCAGUACGGUUGGCCAGGAACCCUUGUUCUUGUUCUAUAGGUGAAAAGGUAGAGGCCACUCUUUUCCCCCAUGGUUAUAGUUUAAUACUAGAAAUAGCAGCUUCUAAUCCUAGUCUGUCCACUGGCCAGUAUGGGUGCCCACUUGUAGGGCUGCCAGACCCCUGUGGCAUUGGGCUCCAGUUGCACCCGGUCCACCACCCCCAAUAUCUGGUACUAGAUGGUCACACAGUGGUGGGUGGUUAUCUCCGAUUGCUGGGAGGAGAUGGCUAGUCUGUGGGUAAAGGGUCUGAGAGAGAGGGAUGGCUGAGCGGACCUGUGCAGGGUUCCUUUGCUACCAUGCUACAUGGUGCGUGCUGAGCGUUGGGAUGGAUGAAGGCUCCCAAGUCUGGGUGUGUAUAAAGUUGGUGUGGUUUUCCGAGAAGUUCCUUCUGUCCAUGUGCUAGCAGAGGCUUGCCCUUGACUGAGCCCCAUCACUAAGUAGGUAGUCUAGGCCGGCCCAACCAGGUCACUCUGCCCCUUUUCAUGGUUCAGAGCUUCCCUCUCUAAAUAUAGUUCAGGGAAAGUGAGCCCAGGCCUAUUUCAAGACCAGGUUGGGAGGCAGCCAGGCCUCUCCCAGAAUCUGAAAGAAGCCACUGCUGCCUUUGUCCAGUUCUGCUACUGGGCACUCUCAUUGGGCCUCUGACUACCUACCAACUGCCAUGCCUGAGGAGAUCCAAGAAGGUAGGAGAGGGUGGCCACUGGGGAGGACAGGGCUCAAGUCCUAUGGGUCAAGGAGAGACCUAGCUUCAUGGGGAGAACCCUCAGUCUUUUCUUACCUCAGCCCUAGGGACCUACCCUAUGCACGGAGAAAGAAUGCCUAGGGCUCCUCCACUUAAGGUCCUGGCUCAGGGAGGGGCUCAAAGCUCUCCACUUAGGAACAGGUCAGCUGUAGGCUGUGCCCAAGCAAGUGUGGGCAUCUAGGGGGCUCCUAAGCAGCCCUUUCUAGAAGCCAGGAUUGGGAUGAAGACUGGUUCCAGGGAGCAUUUGGACACCUAGCCCAGGGGACUAUGAGGUAGAGAGGCUGUCCUACACCUCUCAGCCUGGUCAAGGCUGACACUUAGCUAGUCAAGUGCCUUUACCUGCUGAGCCAUCCUGUCCUCCCUCAAUAUUUUAUGCUGCAGAGAAAGGGCCUGCUCUCUACUAAGGGAAGGUGUUUAUCUUUUGGGGGGGAGACGGGGAGACUUAACUGUAACACCUACCAUGUGUCUUUUUCUGUAGCGAAUAAAACAUGUCCAAAUA